GAGCCCGGCUCAGACAAUCAAGUCCAGUGUGCGCCACCACCAACAUCAGAAAAGAACAGAAUAAAGACAUCUGCAUCAACCGAGACCUAAUCAUGUCUUACCAAGGCAAAAAGAAUAUCCCAAAGAUCACUAGCGAGAGGCUUUUGAUUAAAGGUGGUCGUAUUGUGAACGAUGACCAGUCCUUCUAUGCAGACAUCUAUAUGGAGGAUGGAGUCAUCAAGCAGAUUGGUGACAACUUGAUAGUACCAGGAGGGGUGAAGACGGUUGAGGCCAAUGGGAAGAUGGUGAUUCCUGGAGGAAUUGACAUCCACACCCACUUACAGAUGCCCUUCAGGGGCACGACAACCGUGGAUGAUUUCAGCCAGGGCACCAAGGCUGCUCUUGCUGGAGGAACCACCAUGAUCGUGGAUCAUGUGAUCCCGGAGCCUGGCGCUAGUUUGGUGGAAGCGUUCGAGCGCUGGCGUGAAUGGGCAGAUGAGAAAUCAUGCUGUGACUACUCUCUGCAUGUGGACAUCACACACUGGAACGACAGCACCAAACUAGAGGUCGAGAGCCUCAUAAAGGAGAAAGGAGUGAACUCCUUCCAGGUGUAUAUGGCUUAUAAAGACCUCUAUCAGAUGAGCAACAGUGAGCUUUAUGAGAUCUUCACCUUUCUCGGAGAGCAUGGAGGAAUUGCACAGGUCCACGCAGAAAAUGGAGAAAUAAUAGCGGAGGAGCAGACCCGUAUGCUGGAGAUGGGCAUCACAGGACCUGAGGGACAUGUUCUCAGCCGCCCGGAAGAGCUAGAAGCUGAGGCAGUGUUUCGAGCCGUCACGAUUGCCAGUCAAACCAACUGUCCUCUCUAUGUGACCCGCGUGAUGAGCAAGAGUGCGGCGGAUAUCAUCUCACAGGCCAGGAAAAAAGGUAACGUGGUGUUUGGGGAGCCAAUCACGGCCAGUUUGGGAACUGACGGGACUCAUUAUUGGAGCAAGAACUGGGCUAAGGCUGCUUCUUUUGUGACAUCACCACCCCUCAGUCCAGACCCAACUACUCCAGACUACCUGAACACCCUGUUGUCCAGCGGGGAUCUGUCGGUGACGGGAAGUGCUCACUGCACGUUUACCGUGGCUCAGAAGGCCAUAGGGAAAGAUGACUUCACUCAGAUUCCUGAAGGAGUGAAUGGAGUCGAGGAGAGGAUGUCACUCAUCUGGGACAAGGCUGUGGUCACUGGUAAAAUGGAUGAGAACAUGUUUGUCGCUGUGACGAGCACCAAUGCCGCCAAGAUCCUGAACCUGUAUCCACGCAAGGGUCGGAUAGCCGUGGGCUCAGACAGCGAUCUGGUCAUCUGGGACACAGACGCCAUCCGGACCAUCACUGCUAAAACACAUCACUCUGCAGCGGAGUAUAAUGUGUUCGAGGGCAUGGAGCUGAGAGGUGCGCCCCUGCUGGUCGUCUGCCAGGGGAAGAUUGUUCUGGAGGACGGGAACCUGCACGCGACCUCCGGCACCGGACGCUUUAUUCCCUGCACCCCGUUUCCGGACUUCGCUUACAAACGUGUCAAAGCCAGGAAACAGAUGGCCAUGCUGAAGGCGGUCCCCAGGGGCAUGUAUGACGGCCCCGUGUCUGAGUUUACAGCCCUGUCGAGGGGAGGAACACCGUCCGCCUCCACCCGCUCCUCACCCACCAAAGCCCCCCUGAGGAACCUCCAUCAGUCCGGCUUCACGCUAUCCGGUCCUGAAGAAGCCCCCAUCAGACCAGCGGGACGACGCAUCGUUGUGCCCCCUGGUGGCCGCUCCAACAUCACCUCUCUUAGUUAGAUAUAAAGAGCAUGUAAGAGGGAGCGCCAGGAUAAAAUCAACCAUGUAGAAGUAAGGUGAUUAGUCAGGUAAAGAAACGUAAAACACUGAACUCAUGCCUUACCCUUCAUGAUUUACUCCUGCUGAGCGACUGAACAUCAGUAGUCCACCUCUGAAGAAAGCAAAGCCCGUUCAAAAACCAGGGCAUUUAGUGUAGCGUUCUGUUCGUUUAGAUGUGUUUGGAUAAACUGACCUAGAAGACAUUAGAAUUACAGUGAAACCCACUUUGUUUGCAAUGUUUAAAAAAGGAAGUAGAAUUAAAACUCGUUAGCAUUUCCGGCAGGCGUUUGCGUUCAGUAGAGGAAGGACUACUGUCAUGUAUUUCAUAGGGCUUUAUCUGUAUUCCCUCGUAAGCUUUUUCUUUGCGCGUAUAUAUCGGCUGUGAUUAUGCUAGUUAAUGUUACUUUGUAAAUGAAGUGUCGAGUUUGCAUUUUUUUUUAAGGAUUAUAACGUUGAAUGAAUGUUAAGGAAAAACAUGCAAUGAUAUACUACAAAACAUUUGCACCACACCAGUGCACAUACUGUACUGCUUUUGUUACCCGUCAUAUGAACUUUGAAUCUCAGUAAAGGAAAAGAAAGGUUAACUAGACUUCAUGUCAAAUGAGUGAUGGAAAGAUAUUCAGCUUUUGCAUUUCAGUUUCGUUGAAUAUUCAGGCGACUACAAUUACAGCUCAAAUGUCAAUUGAAAAAUGAUUAACAGGUGCUACAAUGUCUUUUCUUAAAUCACAGAAGUAUUGGAGUAAGUUUUUAAAAUCUACAUCUUUGAUAGAGGUCUAGUUGAGGAAUGAGUUACAUAACCUACAUAACAAGUGAUGUGGAAUAUGUUGUUUAUUAUAUUUAUGUAGGUUUGAUUGUAUUUCCCCCCCGUUUUUUUAAACAGCUGGGUCAAAAAUGAAGGAGAAAAAAGCAGGUCAAAGUGAAUGUGUGAUGUGCAAAAUUUGUUCCUCAAUAAACAGAAGUUACAACUGAC